AUGGAUGGGCGAUCGUCGCCUUCUUCCUCGCCCUGGGCGCCUGUGAUCUGCAGCUCGCCACUGCAUUCUGGCGGCCUCUCCAUGGAGAAUCCGUUCGAGAUGUUCGACGAGGUGGGGAGGAGUCUCAAGUGGUUUAGUCUCUCUCGGAAUGCGCCCGACGCCCCGGUCGUCCAUCGGCCCGUUCUUGAGGAAGUCUCAUCGCAGGAUAGCUACGAUUCGGAUUGUUCUAGCACCAGUAGCUGGAACAAGAAUCCGGAAUCGCUGGCGAUGCCGGACGAGCAUUGCGAAGAACAGGAAUCGUCUGUUUCAGAGCCUCUUCGAUGUAGAGAUGAAUUGGUGAUCCAUCACAAGAGCCCCGAGCCAAAAAUCGAAGAAAUUUACGAUGAACCUUGUGUUAAGGAAGACAUUGAGACUGAGGAUCGAUAUUACAAAGACGAGCACGUCCAAGAGAGUAAGCGAGAGUCCUGUCUUUACUCGCAAAUGCCACCUCCGGUGGAAUCGGACAAGGAUCCAGUUUCUGGAUUAGUGCGUUCUUUCUUCCGCACUAAACUCGAUGCUCGUAAAGUUCCGGAUGUGAUCUCUCACGACAAAAUCCCUGAUACUGAAGCGUUGGAGAAGAAACUUGAAGUGCUCGAAGCUGAAAACUUAAGAGUGAAGAAAGAGAGCCAGCGCCUUAUCAAGUUAUUGAAGGAAAAGGAGGACGACUGUGCACGCUUUACUCAAGAUAAGGCUGCAUGGGAGAAACAGAGUGUGUCGAGCAUUCAAGCAUUUUGCUCUGAAAAAGAAGAGCUUCUCAAGGAACUCAAGCGGGAAAAGCGUUUGCUAGAAAAACGCUUUCAAGCCAUGUCGCAGCUUCCGAAUUCGCUUCCCAACAAGUCCGAGCGAAAGGAAAUUGCUGAUUUGAAAGCCAAGCUAAUUGACGUGCAUGAAGAGCAUUUGAAGAAGGAAGCUCGCCUGCGGCUGACGAAUAUCAGGCUUCGGAAGCUUGUGAAGGAGAUGUCGGCCCGGCUAAACGAGAAAAAAGAGGAGAUCAAACGAUAUGAACGGCUGUUACAGGAUUGGGAUGUUCAAGAGGAGAAAGAGAAGCUGGAGAAGUCAGAAAUAGUUCCUGGCUGCAAAACUAUCAAGAAGAUUGAAUGCUUAUCAAGCGAAAGGGCAGCUGUUGGAUGUAGGAUCACAGGUGCUUUGUUUUAUCAACGUCCUGACGGUCGUGCAAAGCAGAAGAAGGAAGGUGCCAGCAAGGACUCCUCAAUACCGGCCUGUGGCAAUAAGAUAAAAGCUGCAAGCAACCCAAGCACGACUGAAAAAACUUGCACUUCUAUUGUAGAUGUAUCAAGUGAUGCAGUGGAUUCAGCAAGUGACAAAAACCGCGCUACAUCGAUAUGUAAGGAAAAGUCUUCCAGUGAACCAGGAACGGAGGACGGCGCGUCCAUGGACGGAACAGUGGUCGAUGAGCUCAUCACUGAUCAUGAAUCUGGUUCAGACGUGCUUUUUGAGGACAAAACGAGAAGCAAGGAGAAUACAUGUAGAGAGAAUGGCAUUCGGGGAGCACAGAGAAGAUCGCUGGUUUUCACGGAUGGUACUCGAGAAGAAGAGUAUCAAGACGGCCUUGCGUGUCUUUACUUUCCGAAUGGAGAUAUCAAGAACUCUCUUGCAGAUGGUACUACGGAAUAUUACUACUCGGAAAUCGAUACAUGGCACACCACGAAGCCUGAUGGCGUCGAGAUAUUUUACUUCCCUCACAACCAGAUCGAAGAGCACUGGCCAGAUGGACACAAAAGGAUUAUAUUUCCAGAUGGAACAUCCACAGUUGAGUCCUAGUUGUUGCAUCAACUCCUCAAUAAAAAAGAACACUACUGCUGCCGCCGCACCUAGAAGUCCAUUGUUUGUUAUAGAAAGCUGGGCUGAUCUGAUGCAAGAUCACUGGCGUCGUCAUGAUUGCAACUGCUGCACUAUUCACUACCAAGACAACGAUUUGCUACUGGAGAAGAAUCGUUGGGUCAAGCCUAUCGCGGUGGACAGAAGAUGACGGGCUACCGACUUGUAAGGGAUUCAUCUCCCAUAAGCUUCAGAUUUCUGUUAAAACGGGACACACCACC